AUGGCUCUUCCCCAUCAUCGGCCACAUGGGCAUCUGCACGUCGACUGGAGUCAUCCGGGACUUCGCGGGGCCCUACUUUGUCUCAGAAGACAACAUGGCAUUUGGGAAGCCAGUGAAGUACUGGAAGCUGGAUCCCAACAAAGUGUAUUCCACCACUCCCAACGCUUGGGACACGGCCGUGCACGACGCCUCGGAGGAGUACAAGCACCGAAUGCACAACCUCUGCUGUGAUAACUGCCAUUCUCACGUGGCUCUGGCCUUAAACUUGAUGAGAUACGAUAACAGCACCUCCUGGAACAUGGUGAAACUCUGCUUCUUCUCGCUCCUAUAUGGGAAGUAUGUAAGCAUAGGGGGAUUUGUGAAGACCUGGCUUCCCUUUGUCCUCUUCUUGGGGGUGAUCGUGACCGUUGUUCUCACACUUCAUUUGCGGUGA